CAUACACGUGCUCGCACUAACCUCUCACCUGACACCAAUGGAACGAUAACAGAGUGGUACUUUUGGCGAUAUCAUCUUCCAAAGUGACUGGUACCGUUCAACCCCUGAAGCUCGCAAAUAUUUAUGCUUCAUGAUUCUACGAUCACAAAGACCUCUAAAACUCAAGGCUGCAUUCAUAUGCGAUAUAUCACUUGAAACCUUCGUUUCUAUCAUAAAGACGGCAUAUUCCUAUUUCACUCUUUUACUAUAUAUAGCAAACUAAGAUCUUAUGUUGUAUGGCAAUAUGAUUUGUAAACUGAU